UGCGGCCCCGCUGCAGUGGUCUCGCCCGGUCACGUGAGUUGGUUGGGCCGCGCUUUGCUCCCAGUGCGCCAAAUGCAGCCGGGUUCCCGCCGCCACGGGCAGCCACGAACCGCCACUAUGAGUCCUGCGCUGCCAUUCGCUGCCUGCUGCCUGGUCCUGUUGGGUGGGCUGCUGGCGGGGGUCGAGGCCGAGGCUGCAGAUACUUGUGCAAACUUUCAGAACUGCAGUUCUUGCAUUGAUAGUCCAAUCUCAAGUCAACUACAUUGCAAGUGGAUUAAUUGCAGCAAAGGACUAAAUUAUUCCUGUGUAAAUGCAACUGAAUUCAAUUCAACAGAAUUUGCCAACUGUAGUGACAUUCUUCAUUGUGUUGGUAAUUAUUCAGCUGUUACUACAGUUCCUCCCCUCAGUACCACCAUGCACACAACUACUAUUACUACCACCAUUGCAGCUAACGUCACUAAUUCAACUUCACCUGCUUCUCCAUCUACUGCACCUCACGCUGCUACCAGUACUUCAGUCACCACAAUCACCAGUACACCAGGUGCAAACACUACAGUGAUUCCCCCGAAACCAUCUCCACGCAAAUCCACAUUUGAUGCUGCCAGUUUCAUUGGUGGUGUUGUCCUUGUGCUGGGUCUGCAGGCUGUAAUCUUCUUCCUAUACAAAUUCUGCAAGUCCAAAGACCGAAACUAUCAUACUCUUUAGGACCUGCCACUUCAUGAUGGACUAAUAGCCCAAUAUCUGUAGUUCACUGAACCAAAUUAUUUUUCUGUCCUUUGUGGAAGACAGCAAUUCAUAAUAUCAUUUAAAUCUCCAAAAGACGACUUUUUUUUUUCUUUUGCAACAGUAUACUUGGCAAGAGGUGGUGUGAAUUAUAUCUCCGUCAACAGGAAUACUUGCGAUAUGCUGCAUGAAUACUUAUGGCUGUCUCUUUUUUUUCUUUCUUUUUUUUGUUCUUUAGUGGCUGGGGGUGUGGGGGUUUUUUUUUUUUUUUUUUUUUUACCUUGACAUGCCAAAUGUAGACUUGCAAUGAUUCUUGUAUUAAGUGGCAACGCUAUCUUGAGUAAACAAUCUCAUGAUUGUGAAGGCUAAUUCAGUCCACCUUAGAUUUAGUAUCCCUACACUUCUUAUCAAGAUGUGAAUUACCAGUGACUGACUUUCGGGAAUGAAAUACCACAUGUGCUAGCUUGUGGCUCUUGUGUGCUGCUAGGAAGGUGAACAACAAAGGGCUUCUAGAAGUAAUACUGUGUCUUAAUGAAAUGUCCUCUUAAAUGGAAUGAAAUAAUGACAAAUCCAUAUUUUUCUACAUUAGAGUAAAAGCUACUUAACAGGAAAUUGCAUUCCAAACUCAAAUUUAGUCUCUGCCCGUUUUCAGCUAAGUUAUUGUUGGAGAUAGGGUGGGGAUGGAUGAUAUUCCCUUAAGGGGAAAUAAAGACCAGUGCCUUAUGAGUAAAAGGUAAAUAGCAAACAUAAGUGUGCACCACCCUCUU